UUGGUUGGUCUAUUUUUUUCAAGUUUUUGAACACUCCCAACUUUCCCUCCACUCCUUUAGUUUACCACAAUACCCAAUCUAUCUAAACAUGUAACCACCAAACUCCAAAUAAUUUGCAUGGCAUGUUUGAGUAAUGUGAUCCAUGAAUUUGCUUCUUUUGUAACAACAAUGCUUCUUUUGUAACAACAACAAAAAUGUCUCGUGGAAUAUAUGUUUGUGCCAUUCGGAUGAAAAAUGAAUUGAACGAUGAAAAGGGCUGAAGAAAAACAAAGGGUUCGAUUACCAAAUAUAUAGAAACAUGAAGGGCCUUUUAUGUGAUUUAUUAGGGAAAUGAUAAACGCAAUCAAGAAAAAUAAUUCUACGUUUGAAACGUGACGUUUGAUUCUUUUUCUCAGGGCAAAGGCAAAGCAAAUCCUCUGGUUGAUCAGUAACAUGUGGCAGAGGAAGAGGAAUCAGACACUGCAAGGAACACACACGAGAAACGUCUCUCUCUUAGUUCUGGUUCAGGUCUCGAUCGAAUUGAUUUGAAAUGGGUUCGUUUGGGAUGCUUUCGAGGAGAACGUUGGGCACUGAUAUGCCCGUCAUGGCUCAGAUUCGGAGUUUGAUGGCGGAAUUGACGAACCCCAUGUCUCUCGCCCAGGGAGUGGUGCAUUGGCAGCCUCCUCAAAAGGCCUUAGAGAAGGUCAAGGAGCUUGUCUGGGAUCCUAUCAUUAGUUCUUAUGGCCCCGAUGAAGGUCUUCCCGAGUUGAGACAGGCUCUUCUCAAAAAGCUGCGUGAAGAAAACAAGCUAACCAAUUCACAAGUGAUGGUUACUGCAGGUGCCAAUCAGGCGUUUGUGAACCUUGUUAUUACAUUAUGUGAUGCUGGUGAUUCGGUUGUCAUGUUUGAGCCAUACUACUUCAACUCCUACAUGGCCUUUCAGAUGACAGGAGUCACCAACAUAAUUGUUGGUCCUGGCCAGUCAGACACUCUCUAUCCUGACGCUGACUGGUUAGAGAGGACACUGUCUGAGUCUAAACCGACUCCGAAAGUUGUAACUGUUGUGAAUCCUGGUAACCCAAGUGGCACCUAUGUCCCUGAACCGCUGCUUAAGAGGAUUGCUCAAAUAUGCAAAGAUGCAGGGUGCUGGCUGAUUGUAGAUAACACAUACGAGUAUUUCAUGUAUGACGGUUUAAAACAUUGUUGCGUUGAGGGAGACCACAUUGUUAAUGUCUUCUCUUUCUCUAAAACCUAUGGCAUGAUGGGUUGGAGGCUUGGAUAUAUAGCUUACUCAGAGAGAUUAGAUGGGUUUGCAACAGAGCUUGUGAAAAUUCAGGACAACAUCCCAAUCUGUGCUGCCAUAAUCUCGCAGCGACUGGCUGUAUACGCAUUAGAGGAAGGUUCUGGGUGGAUAACGGAACGGGUAAAGAGUCUAGUGAAGAACAGGGAUAUUGUGAAAGAGGCGCUUGAGCCGCUGGGGAAGGAGAACGUUAAGGGAGGAGAAGGAGCGAUAUACCUGUGGGCAAAACUGCCAGAGGGACACAGAGAUGAUUUCAAGGUGGUGCGGUGGCUGGCUCACCGCCAUGGUGUGGUGGUGAUCCCGGGGUGUGCAAGUGGUAGCCCCGGGUAUCUCCGGGUUUCCUUUGGAGGGUUGCAGGAGGUUGAAAUGAGAGCUGCAGCGGCGAGGCUGAGGAAAGGAAUAGAGGAGCUGCUUCACCAUGGAAUGGUGGAGUGAGACGUUGUUUAAAGAAGGGUCAAAAGAUGGUUACUUUGCGUUUGGUUGAAGCUAUAUAGUUGUUUUAAAAAGAAAUAAAAGAGUGUUUGUUUAUUCAAUAAUCAAUAUAGCUGAUUCUUCUUUACAAAGUCAUUGUAUUUGGGAUGUUGUUACCAAUGGUUGAAUCCUUAACCCCUUUGGUGUAUGUAUAUACUCUUUACUUAUUCAAAUGAAUAAUCCAGCAAUGAAUGCAAAAGCAAAAACUGGAUCAGCUUUAUUCGUUAUGAGUCUUUCUCUAAAUUCAAAAAUUUAAAUUCGAGUCUUAUGAUUGACGUUAUGACUUGUGAGA